CUGACAAUGAGAACAUAAUGACAAUCUCGACUUUCUACGACUUUCAAACGACAUAUUCUAACAAAAAGAUUUGUUUGGCCACAAUUUACUGUUUUGCAAUGUGUUUGCUACUUAAAUAGUUCAAUAAAUAUUCAAUAACUGCGCAUAUAAAUAAAAAAAGAUGAGAACCCGCAGCAAUUCAGGUGUCCGUUUGGAUUACUAUCAAAGACUUGUGCACAAGUUAAUUUUAGAUCACCAGCAGCCAGUAACAGGAUUAUUUCCUGCGAGUCCUCACAAUGAUCAUGCGUGGAUCAGGGACAACCUUUAUUGUAUAUUAGCGGUCUGGGGGUUAUCAAUGGCCUUCAAGAAAAUUGCCGAUCAAGAUGAAGAUCGUGCAAAAACAUAUGAAUUGGAACAAAGUUGUGUAAAAUUAAUGAGAGGUCUGCUGAUGGCAAUGAUGCAACAAAAAGAUAAAGUUGAAAAAUUUAAAAGUACACAACAUCCAAUGGAUUCACUGCAUGCCAAGUAUUCAUCAAUAACUGGCCGUAUAGUGGUCAAAGACAAUGAGUGGGGUCACUUGCAAAUUGAUGCAAUUUCAUUAUACCUUCUCAUUCUAGCUCAGAUGACUGCAUCUGGCUUACAGAUUGUUUUCAAUCUUGAUGAAGUUGCUUUUAUUCAAAAUUUAGUUUUUUACAUUGAAUCUGCAUACUGUACACCAGAUUACGGUAUUUGGGAGCGAGGUGAUAAAACUAAUCAUGGCUUACCUGAACUGAAUGCCAGCUCUAUAGGCAUGGCAAAAGCGGCUCUUGAAGCUAUGAAUGAACUUGAUCUGUUCGGUGCACGGGGUGGUCCCUCAAGUGUAAUACAUGUUCUAGCUGAUGAGGCUCAGAAAUGUCAAGCUGUGUUACAAUCUAUGCUGCCAAGAGAGUCAAACAGUAAAGAGUUAGAUUCAGGGCUUCUAUCCAUUAUAAGCUAUCCAGCAUUUGCAGUAGAUGACCCCCAACUAAUAUCUAAAACAAGAGACACUAUUGUUAAUAAACUCCAAGGGAAAUAUGGUUGUAAGAGAUUUUUAAGAGAUGGUCACAAAACACCAAGAGAAGAUCCAAAUAGGCUUUAUUAUGAGCCAUGGGAGUUAAGAAUGUUUGAAAACAUAGAAUGUGAAUGGCCAUUAUUCUUUUGUUACCUCAUACUUGAUUACUGUUUUCAAGGAGAUAAAAAUAAUGUGGCUGAAUAUAUGCAAAAGUUGGAAAAGAUAAUGAUAAGAAAAGACGAUGGAAUGAAACUUGUUCCGGAACUAUAUUCUGUGCCUGUAGACAAGGCAGAUGCUGAACAGUGUGAUCCUGGAAGUCAGGAAAGAAUACCUCUUGGUAGAUGUCCAUUUAUAUGGGCACAGUCACUGUAUAUUCUUGGAAAAUUAUUACAAGAGGGUUUUCUAGCUGUUGGUGAACUGGAUCCAUUGAACAGAAGAUUGUGUUCAGAGAAAAAGCCGGAUGUGGUUGUUCAAAUUGUUAUAUUAGCAGAAGACAAUGAGAUAAGAGACAAAUUGUUAGAAUAUGACUUACAUGUCCAGACAAUAAAUGAAGUGGCACCAAUAGAAGUUCAGCCCGCUAGAGUUUUGAGUCAUCUGUACACGUACUUGGGACGUAACAAAAAGUUGGGCUUGUCUGGACGAAAGUCGCGUGAUGUUGGAAUACUCAGUACUAGCAAAUUGUAUUCUUUGAAUGAUCGUAUAUUUGCGUUUACUCCUCAGAACUUCGACUACGAGGAGUACUACAUGUCGCGUGACCCGGCGCUACUCGCCAGCACGUUCACAGCCAACGUCGCCUUUCUCGGUAUGAGCUGGAAGCAAAUGCUCGGCCGGCCGACCAUCACGUUGCUGGCCACACAGUAUUUGUUAGAUCAAGGAAAAAUACCUAUGGCAAUGAUAACAACUAUGAAAAAAUUGAAAUCAGGCUACAUUAAUGGGACUAGAGUAACAUUGGGUAAUCUUGGUGAAUUCUUGAGCACCUCAGCUAUAACAAAUUUGAGUUUCUUGGGCAGUCAGGAGGAUGGAUAUCCAGAUAAACUAAAUCCCCAAGUGCAAAGUUACCUAGAGGAACACUUGCUGAAGUCGUUCAGUAAUAAGAUCAGUUUCCUGUCGCGGCCGGCCGGCGCGCGCAACACAAAGGCCCUGCGCCGGCGCAUGUCCGUCAGAGGCGCGAUCAAGAAGACACGCUCUAUUAAUGUCGAUUCGGAAACCUUAGGCAUGGAAGGGGAAUAUGUGGGCCCCCACCUGGAACGGAAACCGUCUUGGCUUGAAGUUGACCCGAUAUUGGGCCGCAGUCCUUCGCCCGAGGAUGCUAAAAGGAGAGCUUUCACUAAAGGGACAUCGACUACUAGUUUGGGUGUAGUGCCUCCUACCAUUGAAGUGACCAAAGAGCAAACACCUUCACCACCCAAGGAAGAAGGUGCAGUAAAUAAAAAUAUAUCUUCAGUAGUUCGUAACAGAACAAUAUCUGAAUCUCAAAACGUUGUGUACGCUGAACAGGAAACUGAUGAGUUGAUCACCAUGUUGAGGGAAACUGAGAGUUUGGAUGAACAAGGCGAUAUCUUGCAGUAUCUUGUUGAUUCACAGGGCCUAGACUUUAAUACAGGUAUGCUAGAAAACGGUAAACCUGUAACAGUGAAGGAACUCCUGAAGGCUUUAUACGAGAAGGCUUGCACGCAGAAGUUGUGGGGCCUCGUGCGACAUACUGCGGGUAUGCUCGGCAAGCGGGUGGAGGACCUCGCCAAGGCCGUCACUGACCUGCUGGUGCGCCAGAAGCAGAUCACAGUCGGCAUGCCACCCAACAAUGAACAUACCAUCACAGCGCCAUUGCCUGAAAAUGAAUUACGUCAGCUUAUACAUUUGUCAUUUCGAAGAGAAAAUCAUGACAGUGAAAAUAAAAAGGCGUACGGUGACGACGAGAGCACGGCCAUGUUGACUCAGGAGCUGUUGGUGUAUCUCGCAAUGUUCAUACGCACAGAGCCACAGCUCUUCCUAGAGAUGCUGCGUCUACGAGUCGGACUCAUCAUACAGGUAAUGGCUACGGAGCUGUCACGGACCUUGUCAUGCGAUGGCGAGGAAGCUUCCGAGCAUUUGCUAAACCUGUCCCCUUUCGAAAUGAAGAAUCUAUUGUACCACAUCCUCAGUGGAAAGGAGUUUGCUAUUAACAGCGCAAACUCCCUGUUUGUUAUAAAAGAAAAAAUCAAUAAGGACAAAGUUGGUCGCGGAAAUUUCUCUAUUGUGAGUAACAAAUCUAAUAGAUACGGAAAGAAGUCACAAAUAGUAUUGGAAGGACAGUCUCUGCAAGGCGGGAUUGAUGAUACACCUAUGGUGGAACAGGAUCGUCAAGGACAGUGGCUGCGUCGACGACGUCUCGACGGAGCAUUGAAUCGUGUACCUAGGAACUUCUACCCCCGCGUUUGGGGGGUUUUAGAAAGGUGCCAAGGGCUGGUCAUCCAGGGUAGAAUUCUGCAGCCGAAUUUGACUCAAGAGAUGACAUCAGGAGAGUUGAAAUUUGCUCUCGCCGUGGAAACAGUUCUGAACUCGAUCCCACAACCGGAGUAUCGGCAGCUGGUGGUGGAGGCUCUGAUGGUGUUGACGUUGGUGGUCGAAUAUAAAGCCGUCAGCCACUUGGGCGGGAUGAUCACUGUCGAACAUUUGGUGCACAAGGCCAAUCAGAUAUUUUUGGAAGAUCAGAUGCGCUGUAACGGUGAUGCGACGUUGUGCUGCGCGAAGGCGGACGGAGCUGGCGGUGCUGUUGUGUGCGGAGGCGCUGCGGGAGUCUGCCAGCACUUUUAUGACAGCGCUCCCAGCGGCAGCUAUGGCACCAUGACAUACCUCGCGCGUGCCGUCGCCACACUGCUCGCUGACACCAUGCCACACGACUCGCCCAUUGAGUGCACCAUCACGUGAAACACCAUUUCAUCAUACCACACAAUAUCUUUAAAAAAAAAAUACGUUUCGUUUCGCAAGUGUAAUUUCACGGUAUCAAUUUUUUUUCUGGUGGCUGAACAGGUAAAAUACCUUUGCCUUUUUUAACAAGAUGGCGGAUGACAGCGAUUCAAAAGUUUGGUUGUUGUCGCGCCGCCUCAUGUGGAACUUUUCUUCCUUCGUUUGACAGAAUAUCUUUAUUCCGAGAUGAUUUUAAUGAUAGUUAAGGGUUUUUAUUAAAUAGAAAAUGACAUUUGAACUAACAUAAUAUAAUUUUUAAU